AAGAACCUAUUCAUUCUUUACAUUUCCAACUUAUUAAAAACAUUUCUUUUUCGAAUUGGUUUUGUUGAUUGAUGGGUGAUAGUAGUAUAUAUAUACACACUUCUCAUUCUUGUUAUCAUCUAGUUUACCUCUUAACAAUACUAGAGCUUUAUCAGUUAUAAUGUCAGGCUAUGCCAAGACAACAUAUGGAGGAAAGAGCAAAUUUGUUGAUGAAGCUUGUGCAGUUCACCCACCGAAACAGAGUGAUAUCAUCGGUAAAGUCAUCAUCUUUACCCUUGUAGGGCUUUGCAUUCUGCUCUGCCUCUUCAUCAGCAUCGGUUUCUAUGUCCUAGCCAAGCCACUUAAAACAAGCGUGACGUCCGUGGCUUUAAGAAACCUCAGGUACAACGAUACAUCGUCAUCAUGGCCUUAUUUCAACGCGACACUAGCUAUGAAGAUCAGAAUAGAGAAUCCAAAUUUCGGCUUCUUUGAGUUUCCAACUAGUAAAGGAGAUAUCAUGUACAAUGGUCGACUUGUUGGUGAAAUAAAGAUUAAUGGACAGCGAGUGGGUUCAUACAGUGCCAUCAGGACAGCGGUUAGGACAGAAGUGAGUUACAGAGAGAAUAAGGCAUCAUCUGUUUGGUUGAGGAAUGAUAUAAAGAGAGGGUUGAUUAUCCUCAAGAUUGAAGCUAAACUGAGAGGUGAAGUACACUUGGUGGCUUUGAACAAGAGAAGUGUGAAUUUGAAGUGUUUGAUGUAUCUUAAUCUGAAAGAUGAAGUGAUUCAACGUUUGUGGUGUAAAUGAAAUCUCUCUUAGUUUAGG